GAUAAGAAUACUGGACUUUAGUAGCGCUCUUGUCAACAUUCUGAAAGUUAAUAUGAGUGGAAUGGCUUUUUGAAGUAAAGGAAGAGAUAAGUAACAUAUGACUGUUUUAUUGCAACAGACUAAGUUACUGUUACAAUGAUUCCCCUUCUGCCAUACCUGAAUACUACCGUAGCUGGCUUCUUCACCAUAUUUCUCUUUACUUUCUACAUCCUAAGGAGGUCCAAGUUCGCUAAACGAAACUUAGCACCGGUAGUUGGAGGUGGAUGGCCUAUAAUUGGUCACCUCCUCUUGUUAACAGGAUCUCAGCUUCCACAUAUAGCCUUGGGAGCCUUGGCCGACAAGUAUGGUCCAGUGUUAACAAUUCAGGUUGGGUUGUUCCCAGCCUUGGUGAUCAGUAGUUGGGAGGUGGCAAAGGAAUUAUUCACCACCAACGAUGUAGCUGUAUCCUCCCGUCCCCGGCUUAUAGCUGGAAAACUCUUAUCCUAUGACUAUGCAGGUUUCGGAUUUGCCCCUUAUGGUGCAUUCUGGCGUGACAUCCGCAAAAUAAUAUCAGUAGAGCUACUUUCCAACCGGAGGCUUGAGCUGCUAAAACACGUUCGAGCCUCUGAGGUGGAGAAUUCGGUGAAAGAGUUACACAAGCAGUGGACAAAGAACAAGAGUGAUUCAGGUCAUGUUUUAGUUGAAAUGAGGCAGUGGUUUGGGGACAUAAAUUUGAAUGUGAUUGUUCAGAUGAUUGCAGGAAAGAGGUACUUUGGUGCCAGUGCUGAUGAAAAGGAGGCAAGGCGGUGUCAAAAGGCAUUUAGGGAGUUUUUUCACUUGGCAGGACUAUUUGUACUGAGGGAUGCGGUUCCAUUUCUUGGUUGGCUAGAUUUUGGUGGAUUUGAGAAGGCCAUGAAGAAAACAGGAAAAGAAUUGGACAGUAUAAUAGAAGAAUGGCUAGAGGAGCACCGCAAGAAGAGAGAAUCCGGUGAGACUGCUGACAGUCAGAAAGAUUUCAUGGAUGUAUUGCUCUCGAUGCUGGAAGGUAUGGACCUUGCAGGUUUUGAUGCUGAUACAGUUAACAAAGCCACAUCCAUGGCUCUAAUUUCAGGAGGAACUGACACUACGACCGUGACCAUAACAUGGGCUCUUGCACUGCUGCUGAACAAUCCUCUUGUAUUGAAAAAGGCGCAAGAAGAAUUGGAUGCUCAUGUUGGCAAGGAAAGACUGGUAAAUGAAUCGCACAUCAAUAAGCUUGUCUACCUCCAGGCCAUAGUCAAAGAGGUCCUGAGGUUGUAUCCAGCCGGACCGCUCUCAGGAGCUCGUGAGUUCACUGAGGAUUGUACAGUAAAUGGUUACCAUGUUUCAGCAGGCACCCGCUUAAUUGUGAACCUUUGGAAGAUCCAAAGAGACCCGCGAUUGUGGUCUGAACCGUUCGAGUUUAGGCCGGAGAGAUUCCUCACGACCCACAAGCAUGUUGAUGUUAAGGGACAGCAUUUUGAGCUUAUCCCUUUUGGUGCUGGAAGACGUAUAUGUCCUGGAUGGACAUUUGGCCUUCAAAUGACUCACUUGGUGCUGGCCAGUGUAAUUCAAGCGUUUGAGAUAUCAACUCCAGCAAAUGCAGCAGUUGACAUGACUGAAACUGCUGGAUUAACAAACUCCAAAGCCACCCCACUCGAAGUCAUGAUCAGACCUCGCUUGUCUCCUACUGCCUAUGAAUAAGGAUUGUCACCUAGGGCUAUUCCUUACCGUCACUAUUCCUGAUGCAACCAAAUAUGUGUGUUUAUAUGAAUAAGGAUUGUGCUUUGUGAGCCAUGGCUAUUCGUCAGGAUUGUGUAAUUAUACGUUGCAUAUUUUCUACUUUGGCUUGUAUCAGUUGUAUGGAAUCAUGUGUCUGAGUAAUAUGUAUUUUUUUCUCUCUGUCUAA